AUGGAUAAGCAGGACAAUGAAGGUAACACAGAGUUACACCUUGCUGUCCUGGCUGGAAGAGUACGUACUUUACAUUGCUUACUGUGGAACAAGGAAAUCCAGCUGAAUUUACCAAAUAACAAUGGGCAAACUGCAUUAGAUCUUGCACUGAGCAAGAAACCCACUGGUGUUCAUUUUGGGGUGGAUUCGGGGUAUCAGAUAUACACUCUGCUAGCGGCUGCUGGUGCUAAAUAUGGUGCUCACCUUAAAGAACACGGUCCUCAACUAAAUGAGAAGGAGGAAGCAGAGAAAAUCAACGGUUACAUACCGACCAUUGGCAUUGCUGCAGCACUCCUCAUAACGGUUUCAUUCACAUCCGCUUUCUCUGUACCAGGUGGGUACCGAGCCGGUGAUGAUCAACAUAAAGCUGGGACUCCGGUGCUUGCCCAGAACUACUUUUUUUUGGGGUUCAUCAUGGCCAACAAUCUAGCAUUGCUUUGCUCUGGCCUUUCCCUUGUCAGCCUCAUGUACGCUGGACUGACCAUCAUCGACCUCAGAAUACGUGCGAAAGCAUUUAUCCUCUCCAUCAUGUGCCUCAACAGCGCAGUCCGGAGCCUGACAGCCGCAUUUUCAGUUCACAUAUAUGCAGUGUUGGCUCAGAUUGACCGUACAUAUGUUGUUGUUACGAUGGCGUUUAGCAGUGUCAUGCUGCUUGACAUUGGUUGGUUUGUGUACAUGGCAACUGCGGCGCAAUUGGUGCAUUUUAAUAGGCUUGGUACCAGAGCAUGCUUGCGGUUUGCGUUUACAAUGGUAGCCACCCUUAUGGUGUCUCUCUGGCCAUACGCAUUAACUAUCAUUUUCUUGAUAUAUUCUAGAAUCUACGGAGUCCACUAA